AUGUCUCCCAUCGCUAUCGACGCCCAACCCGUCCCCUCCCACGUCCCCAGCAAGACCACCCACCCCGUAUUCCACCAAACCACCUCCGACCUCCCCAAGAACCCUCUCGAGCGGACAUGGCGAGGCGACAAGGAGGGCAAGCUCCGUAUCGAGGCGUAUCCGUCUUUCAUGAACGCAACAGAUGAGGCGGGGCUGCUCGAGAAGAGGCAGUGGGUCAGGGAGCACUUGGCGGUUGCGUUCAGGUUCUGGGGCAAGAUGGGGUAUGGAGAGGGUAUCAGUGGACAUAUUACCGUUCGUGACCCUAUUUUGAGGGACCACUUCUGGAUGAACCCCUUUGGCGUCCACUUCUCCUCCAUGACUGUGUCGAAGCUCGUGCUUGUCACUCCGGAGGGGUUUGUCCACCCCACGCUCGGCGCUCAGCGGCCCAUCAACAUGGCCGGCUUCUAUAUCCACUCUGCCAUCCACCACGCUCGUCCCGAGGUCGAAGCCGCCGGUCACUGUCACUCGCUACAUGGCAAGGCUUGGUCCACUUUCGGCCGCCCUGUCGAGAUCACCACUCAAGAUUCGUGCCUCUUCUACGACAACUUGGCGGUGUAUCAUAACUUCGGCGGGAUUGUCCUUGCCGCCGAAGAAGGCGACAACAUCGCCAAAGCCCUCGGACCCAAAAACAAAUGCUGCAUCCUCCAGAACCACGGUCUUCUCACGCUCGGCCAUACGGUCGACGAGGCCGCCUACCUCUUUUCGGCGCUCGACAAUCAGUGCAAGGUCCAGCUGAUGAUUGAGGCGGCGGCGGCGAAUGGGAUACAGAAGACUGUGAUUGAUGAUGAGGAUGCGCAGUUUACUGCUAAUACUAUCCAAUACCAUGAAAACGUAUACUUCAACCUCAACCCCGAAGUCCAGCUCAUCCUGGAGCGCGAGCCGGGAGUUCUCUUGUGA